CCCAAGACCAUUCCUCCCCUCUCCUCUUCAUCCCCCUCACGUCUCCAUCACCUUGGCCACUUCUCCCGCAUUUACACACCACCGCACGCAGCUAGCUAGCCACACUCCCACUCCCAUCUCUCUCACACGCACUACCGCACUGCACUCCCGUCCCUCUCAGGUCUCAGCCAUGGCGUCCUACAGGCUGCUCGUGAUCCUCGUCUUCUCCGCGCUCCUCCUCGACGUCGCGGUCGCCGACACCUACCCGGCCGACUGCCCCUACCCGUGCCUGCUGCCGCCGCCCACGCCCCCGGCCUCCAGCGCCGACUGCCCGCCGCCACCCUCCUCGCCGUCCGGCUCCGGCUCCGGCUACGCGUACCCACCUCCGUCCUCCUCCGGGAACGCGCCGCCGACGCCGUCGUCCUGGAGCUACCCGCCGCCGUCCGGGGGUUACAUUCCCGGCUUCUACCAGCCUCCCGCAAGCGGGGGAGGUGGUGGUGGCGGAGGAGGUGGCGGCAACUUCGGGCCGGCGCCGCCUCCCCCCAACCCCAUCCUGCCGUGGUACCCCUGGUACUACCGGUCCCCGCCGUCGUCGUCCGCGACCAGGGGGAGCGUCUCGGCGGUCGUCCUCUGCUUGGUGGCCGCCGUAACUGCCGCUGCUACCCUGGUCGGUUACUAGUCCGAUCAUCGACCAGUUACUGGCUAAGCUAGCACUCCCACAUUUUUCUUUUCCGUUCGUAGUCGAUUCUUGAUAUAUACUACUCCAUGUACAAUGGGGCACCAUUACUAUUUAGCUAUCGUACUCAUCAAUUCCUCUGUAUUGAUUCAUUGCUCAGUUGGCUUUUGGGUAGUGAGUGGAGCGACUAUAUAUUGCUGGCUAGUUUCUUGGGAGCAUAAUAUAUGUGGCUAGUGAUCGCAAGAAUCUUGUGCUUUUUCUCGGUGCCUCUUCCUUUUUCUUGUUAUAAUUAAUGUACUCGUGUAGUGGCAUAUAUACUCGAUCGUUGCUAUUA